UUGAGGUACAGUAGUGUUGCAUAUAAAAAAGGCACGGAAGCUAUUAUUAUGAUUUCAUUUAUAAUUGGCACUCAUACUCAAACCAGAAACCAAGCCUAAAUCCUUCUCUGCAAACCCAACAACUAGUAUAGUUCCAACCAAACAAGAUGGUUAAUGCUAAAUCCGAUGUACCCCAGAAGAGUGUCCUUCAAAUCAAGCAAGAUGACAAAUUCUUCUGCAGGCUACUUUCAAAGGAAAGUUCCAUGUCCAACCCAUCUUUCAGAAUAGCCCUUGCAGUGCCAUUUGUGUGGGAAUCUCAGCCAGGAACCCCUAAGUACACAUUCUCUGAGGACACUCUCCCUCCUCUAACUCCUCCACCUCCUUUUCACAUGAACACUAUCAAUGCCUUAAAAAAGAAAGAGAAGAAACGCUCAAAGUCCAACAUAUUGCUGACCAUGCUACCAAAGCUGAACCUCAAGAAGAUGAUUUUGUCAUCUUCAUACCCUUCAUGGUCAUCAUCAUCAAGCUCCUCCAAAGUUGUCCCUAUGGCCAAGUUUGGCAAGAAGAAGCUCUUAGGCUAUGGAUCAUCUAAUGAUAAUGAUCAAGGAGGUGGUUCUAGUUCACCCUCUUCCAAAUUGUGCUUUACCGUUCCUCGUGCCACUAGUUCAGACAGCAGGUUCUGAAUAAGUAUCUAAGGUAAUUAAGACUUGUCAUAAUUAUAGCUUGGCCUUGGAUCUGGAGUGGACAGCUAAUGUGCUGCUUAUAGUUUUUCUUUGUAAAUCUUUCUAGCUAUACUCUUCAUGUUUAGAGGAUAAUGUAUUUUAUAUGCUAGAAUUAUAUUGGUCUUGAGAGUUUUGUCCUCUCAAAUAACAAGCUUGCUUCCAAGGUGUGUGAUAGUGUAUCUUGAACAUUCUGUGUAGUUUGAACCGAUCAUAGUUCCUUUUUUUCUUUUUUAUUUGCUUAGAAUGUGCCAAAAAGAGAAUCGAGUAUAUUACUCUGUAGAACUUCAUAUUGAGCAAGAAAUGUGGUAUUGUUUCUUGUUA